GUUGUCCUUUUUCUCUAUAAAUCUCAACAAAAGAAAACAAUUACAGAAGAGAAGAGGUGUAAUAAAUAAGACGAGAAUCUUUUAACAUUUUCAGACAAAAUGGCGUCCAAAGCCAUAUUCUUCUUCUUCUUUGUCUCCGCCGUGUGCCUAUCCUCUCUCACCGGCAAGGCCGUCGCUGACGCCGAUGACCUUGACAGUUUCCAAAUUCAGGGAUCCGUUUAUUGCGACACUUGCCGUGUCCAAUUCGUCACCCGUCUCAGCAAAUUCCUCGAAGGAGCCAAAGUGAAGCUAGAGUGCAGGAGCAGAACCAACGGAACCGUGACGUUGACAAAAGAAGCCGUGACUGACAAAUCAGGCAGCUACAAAAUGGAAGUGACCGGUGACCACGAGGAGGAAGUCUGUGAGCUUGUUCUCCUCCAGUCACCAGACAGUGGUUGCAGCGACGUCAGCCAAGAUGCUUACCUACGUAACGCCGCUAAGGUUAGCCUGACGGCCAAUGACGGUAUCGUCUCUCACGAGACACGUAUCGUUAACCCUCUCGGUUUCAUGGUUCCGACACCGUCAGCUGAAUGCCCCGCCGCUUUCAAGGAGCUCGGGAUCGUCCCUGACGUCAUAUUCUAAAUAUGAUCGUUAUUUAACUGUCAUGACCAUGACCAUCUAUGUUGUUUAUUUUCUUAUAUAUACAAAAGUGUAAUUUGAUUUUAAAAAAUGCAAAAUGCGGUAAUUAAAAAUAAUAUAUUUAUCUUUUCUCUGAGAA